GUCACAGUAGCGAGACUUUUGUCAGCAUACAGUGGUAGGUUUUUCGUUGAUGUGUUUGACAAUCCUUGUAAUCUUUGAGCGAAUCAUACGAACUCACCGGUGAUCAGUAUGACGUACGGAUCUAAUGUAAGCUCUAGGUCCUUUGGCUAUGGCGGGGGCUCCCGGCUGUCCUAUGGAGGUUCUCGGGAUAGUGGCGGUGCCCGAGGGGGUAUUGGUGCCAAUAGAUGGGGGAAUGAGAACAAAUUCCUUACGGCGGUCGACUGGUCCCGUGAAAAGCUUGAAGAUUUCUCCCGCAAUUUCUAUCGGGAACAUCCAACGACAGCUGCUCGGAGUGAACAUGAAGUUCGUAUGUGGCGCGAUAAGCACGAGCUGACAAUCAUGAGGACAGGAGGACAGAAAAUUCCUAAUCCGAUCUGUACGUUCGGCGAAGCACAGCUGCCCAGCUAUGUGGCGCAUGCUGUCAAGAAUCAGAAAUAUGAGAAUCCAACUGUGAUUCAAGCACAGGGUUGGCCUAUCGCACUGCAAGGCCGUGAUAUGGUGGCUAUUGCGCAAACGGGAUCGGGCAAGACACUCGGUUUUAUGCUACCUGCCAUUAUCCACGUGAACAACCAGCCACGUCUGCAAAGGGGCGAUGGCCCUAUUGUCCUCGUCUUGGCCCCGACCCGCGAAUUGGCCCAGCAGAUCCAACAGGUAGCAGCCGAGUUUGGCCGGGAUUCACGUCUUCGCUCCACCUGUGUAUUUGGUGGAGCGCAACGUGGUCCCCAGGCUGGCGAUUUGCGACGAGGUGUCGAGAUCUGCGUCGCUACGCCUGGUCGUCUUAUAGACUUCCUUCAAUCGGGUACAACUAACCUUCGUCGAUGCACUUACCUUGUUCUGGACGAAGCCGAUCGUAUGCUUGAUAUGGGUUUUGAGCCGCAGAUUCGUCAGAUUGUUAGCCAAAUUCGACCGGACCGUCAGACCCUGAUGUGGAGCGCCACGUGGCCCAAAGAAGUUCAGGGUCUUGCAUCGGAUUUACUAACAAAUUUCGCACAGAUUAACAUCGGUUCUUUAGCGUUGUCCGCGAAUCACCGUAUCCACCAGAUCGUAGACGUGGUUGACGAGCAUGAUAAGACUCGUAAGCUAAUGGACUUUUUCAGUGAUAUCCAAAAGGCAGGUGGAAGCCGGAAAACCCUGGUCUUCACCUCGACCAAGCGAGCAGCUGAUGACUUGGCCUCGUAUAUGUGGAAAGAGAGGAUUAACUGUCAAGCCAUUCAUGGAGACAAAAAUCAGGCGCAGAGGGACAAGAUCCUCUAUCAAUUCCGUUCUGGCCGUCUGGAAGUGUUGGUAGCCACAGACGUGGCUGCCCGCGGUUUGGAUGUGGAUGACAUCGCCUAUGUCGUUAACUACGACUAUCCGAAUAACUCGGAAGACUACAUUCACCGCAUUGGACGUACGGCAAGGUCCAACAAAAAUGGCACCGCGUACACGAUGUUCACCAAGAAAGACUCGAAGCAGGCACGUGAUCUCGUAGAAGUGCUUAAAGAAGCGAAGCAGGAUGUCAAUCCCAAGCUUGUGGAGAUGGCCCGCUGGGGAAGUGGCGGCGCUCGUAACAAUUACUCUCGUUACGGCUAUGGCGGGGCCAGUCGAGGUUUCGGUGGAGGAAACCGAUUCGGUUCGGCGGGUGGUAUGAAGGGAGGAUUCGGAAUGAAAAGUGGUGGUUUCAAUACGUUCAAUACCCGCAAGAGGUUCGAUUAAUUGCGGAAAAUUGUGACCUAACACAAGAACCAGUGGGCCGCGGGUCUUAUUUUAGUUUUAAAAGCGAAUAAAUUAUCAUUUCAUGCUGUGCAUAGUAGCACCGCGGUACCUACCGUAGAGAUACGUUAGUCUCUCGUGGGUAUGGCGGAGAAAUAUCAUCGGGCAGGAAGUUGCGGACAGGUAAGUGCGGGGCGGUAGUAAUUCGAACGAAGCAGACGAUAGUUUGAUAAACAACAAUGAGAAGACAGAAGGGCUUUGGGUAGCGCCAUUAUCGUAACUAAUAGGGACGACAAAGGAUUUUGGGUGACGUCAUUAUCCUAAAACCUACGUUGGACGUACUAAUAUUGUUAUCAACAAAGGAACUUGUGUUAUACCAUUGCACGCCUGAAAACUAGAUUAAAGAAAACAAAGCAAGCAAAUUUGUGUACCACAGAAACCGCCACCGGUGAUGCUUGACUUGAGCAUCGCUUUGGUCCUGACCAACUGCCUUGUAAAUAUUAUACAAAUUAAGCGACCAGGCGUAAACACCGAAGCAUCUCGUGUUCCUCCCCAAUCAUACGCACCCGUAAAAAGUACCAUAUAUAUAUAUCUAUAUAACAUAUAUAUGUUACAUGAACCGUACGAUAUCUUCACUGUACCUAGAACUAAGACAAUAAAGAACUAACUUAAUAAGAUCAAUUUCA